AAUGGACUGGCAUCAAAUCGUGAACAAAUUGACCAGCGAACAUGUGGACAGGAUUCGGUUGCGCACUUCUCUGCCUGGCUAUGGUCCAGGCGGCCGUUAUCCGUCCCGAAGGGGAUGCGGCGAGUCCGGAAACCACCACUAGUGUGGUUAUUGUGGAUCUGGAGGGGGAUGUCACUACCGAGGAGUCCGCCACUCUGGCGGGUCCUGCUUUGAGUCGCGAUGAGGAGGCCAGCAUACUGAUUGAUCCCGCCCCGGGCACUUUGGAGGAGGAUGGCGCCGUGGUCCCGGAGAAGUCCGGGAAGCUGCUGCUGCUUAGUACAUCGCCCAAGCGAUUGCACGAAAACGAGCGACAGCUGGAGGAGCGGGACGACGAGGAAGGGGAGGAGAACAAGGCCGAUGCCGAGCCAACCACAACUGAGCAGCCGAAGGAGCAGGAGGAGGAGGUCACCCCCGGAAGUACGGCCGCAGAAAGCAGCACUCCUCCGACGACCUCGACCAAACUGUUUGCCAUCGUUGCCACCCCGGCCGGAGUGGACACCCCGCCACCGAAUGUGGCCAUAUCCUCCGCCCAGGACAACUCCAAUGCCACGGUCUCGGUUGCAGAGCAGCCGCAGGUGCCCGGCGACAAUAAUGCGGCCGUGGAACUGGCCCUCGUGGAGCCAGAGGCCGAUUACGUGCUGGUGGAUGGAAGCCACGACGACCUGGACCUCCAGCUAGCCAGCUUCACGCACAUCGACAGCGCCGUCCACUUGCAGCCGGUGGUGCAUUCCGUCGAAAUCGUGCCCACCAGCAUCGAUGAUCCUUUGAUUGUCAAUUACGUGCACAAUUUGCGGUGACUCGGCCGAGGAGGCGUGCCCGGGCGAAUCAAUUAACCCGGUGCGGUUGGCGUCCGGACUCUGUUAAAGUUCUUCAUACCUCUUUUAUUACGACUUUGUUACUCUUUGAAUAUUUAGUACUUCUCGAAUAACGCAAUAAAUAAAAACACACAUAUUAA